GAUCUUCACGCGCGCAGCCCAACAUGUGUGAUUGCGUACCACGCAGCAUGCUUAAGAGAAUAUAUAUAUAUAUAUAUAGGUAUAUAUGACAUGGCUAACGGUCAUGACCGUCCCUCGCAGUUCAUGCGUGCAUCGCACGACACACGCGCGACGGAUAGAUGUAGGUGAAAAACGGGACGAGUACCUUGGCUGCGUCCGGAAUCCUUUAGUAUAUAGAUCGUGGUGGUGCCACAUGGCUCUGGGUGGCCAUGUCACUAGACCCUCUAACAGGGAUUAUAUAUUUAUAUACGCCACGAUACCUUUCUACGGGAUGGGGUUCCGCGAGGCGGGAAGACGGAGGAGGCGAAAGUGGAGGAGGAGGAGGUGGAGAAGAAGAUGGAGAAGGGAAAGGCAAGGGAACAGAAAUGCGGGGAGACUAACGAUGGUCAGAGCAAGCAGCCGUCAAGACCGGAGCCAACGAGUCAGUCAUUCCAUACCUGGGUAUGUCAAGGCAAUUUAUGCCGAACCGGAGAAGCAAGCCCAUGACACUUCUUUCUCAGAUGUUAUCUACCCUAGUUAAGAUAAUUAUCCGUAUCCUUGUUAGUAACGCUGGAUGCGUUAGAGGAUUAAUCAUA